GUUCAGACGUCGUGGCAGACGCACGUAGUAUUCGUAUAGACUGAUUUAAUAGUGAUAACCCCUAAAUAUGGGGACGAAUAGUUUAAGCUUUAGUGUUAUUUUAUUGCUAGCGGUUUUAUGGAGGCCAGCUUUAAGUGACAAAUGCUCAAUAGCGUGUAAAGGAUCUCCAUCAUCACUAAGCUUUCUCAACGGACACACAUACAACUAUGGCGUCGAAGGAACCGUCUCCGUCUACUUGACAGGAGCAAAUAAACAGGAGACAAACGUGAAAGUCUUCGGUCAAGUAUCCGUGACGGCACUUGGUAACUGCGCUCAUUCGCUUAAAGUCAGCGCCUUGGCUAUUUCUGGUCCUGGUGGCAAGAAAUACCCCGCACCUAAAGGCAUUGACAAGGUCGUACAAUUCAGCUUCCAAGAUGGCCGUGUUGGAUCUCAAAUCUGCGCUGAGGACGGUGACACCAGAGCUUCUCUUAACAUCAAGAGAGCCAUCAUUUCUCUCCUGCAGACAGAACAGAAAUCAUCUACACAGAUCGACGUGUUCGGCGCUUGUCCCACCGACGUGUCUUCCUCCCAAGAGGGUUCAGCAGUACUCCUGCACAGACGCCGGGAUCUCUCCCGCUGCGCAUACCGGGAACAGGGCAAAAACGACCUGAUCUCUGCUGUGUACAACCCAAGCGCUGUUAUCAAGAACACCCAGAUUCUUCAGUCUGCCCUGACUGUCGAGACUAAAGUAAACAACGGUAUUCCCGAGAAAGUGGCUGCUUCUGAAGACUACAUUUACAGACCUUUCUCUGCUGGGGACAAUGGUGCUAGAGCCGCUGUCAACACUAAACUUACCCUCUCUGGAACAACUCAAGGAGGUGGCAAUGGAGGCAACUGCCCCGAAAGCCGCACCAUCAUCUUCGAAAACCCCCACCAAGGUACACCCGACCACAGCAACGCACAGAAUGUACUCACCGCUAUCAAGGAAGCAUGCAAACACCUCGGUACUGAAGCUGGUUCCAAAUCUGCUGGUUUCUUCGCUCAACUCGUCAGGAUUAUGAGAUCUACAAGCAAGGAUGACUUGAUGAAAGUAUUUGGCCAAAUCAAAGGAAACAACCUCGAAAAACGCGUAUUCUUGGACGGUCUGCUCCGCGCUGGCACUGGGCCAAGUAUCGAGGCCUCCAUCCAGGUCCUGAAGGGCAAGCAGCUCUCUGCCCUCGAGGAGAAGCUGGUCUUCCUCUCCCUUGGAAAUGCUAGACAUGUCACCAGCGACACCAUUAAGGCUGCUGCUGGUCUAUUGGACCUUCCGGAUGCGCCCAAAGAAAUCUACCUUGGAGUUGGAGCUUUAGCUGGAGUGUACUGCCGCGCUCAUGAAUGCCAUUCCAGUAAGACGGAGGGAAUUAUUGCUCUUAGCAAGAAGUUCGCAGCCAAACUGCAAAAUUGCAAACCCAAGACGAAGAUUGAUGAAGACAACGUGGUAGCAGUACUAAAGGGUAUCCGCAACAUUCGCCACUUGGAAGACAGUUUGAUCGACAAGCUCGUGCACUGCGCGAACGACAACAACGUCAAAGCCCGCGUGAGAGUCGCCGCUUUGGAAGCUUUCCAGGCUGAUCCUUGUGCCGCUAAGUUGAAGAAGACCGGUCUGGACCUGAUGAAGAACAGGCAAUUGGAUUCUGAAAUCCGUAUCAAGGCGUACCUUGCCGUGAUCGCGUGUCCUUGUGGCAAGUCUGCCAAUGAAAUCAAGGCUUUGUUGGACUCUGAACCUGUACACCAAGUCGGCCGUUUCAUCACCACAUCUCUGCGACACAUCCGUUCAUCAGCCAACCCUGACAAGCAGCUCGCUCGCCAACACUAUGGACUCAUUUCUACUCCCAGCAAAUUCAACGUUGAUGACAGGAAAUACUCGUUCUUCCGUGAGUUUUCAUACAACAUCGACGCCUUGGGCGCUGGUGGUACCGUCGAAGAGGCCAUCAUCUACUCGCAGGACUCCUUCCUCCCAAGAUCUGCUACCUUCAACCUGACAGCUGAAAUCUUCGGACACAAUAUCAACGUCUUCGAGAUCGGUGGUCGUCAAGGCAACCUGGACCGCGUGAUCGAGCACUUUGUGGGACCAAGAGGCAUGUUCCGCACACAGAAGCCACAAGAGAUCUACGACAACUUGUACAAACGCGCUGAAGAAACCUUCCAGAAGGUCGACGGGAACUUGAGAGGCCGCCGCUCUGUUAAGAGCGAGGUUGACAACUUCGACAAGAACGUAAAAGCUGAAUCAGUCCCCUACAAUAACGAGCUGGACCUCGAUGUCUACCUGAAGCUGUUCGGAACCGACGCGGUGUUCCUAUCUCUAGGAGACGACAAGGGCUUCGACUUCAACAAGGGUCUCGACCAGGUGAUGAAGAUCGUCAGCGAUGGCAUUAACAAAGUCAAACACUUCCAGCAAGAAGUUCGCGCUCAUCUCUUAUUCUUGGACGCUGAACUGGCGUACCCCACAGCCACCGGUCUGCCAAUCAAAUUGGACGUUGUUGGAUCAGCCACUGGUCGUGUGGACCUGUCCACCAACAUUGACAUUCGCCAAAUCCUCCGCUCACCGCAAAAUGCUAAGGUUGACGUUAAGGUCGUACCCAGCACAGACAUUGAAGUCUCAAUGGUCAUGAUGGUCGAUGCUAAUGCAGUCACAGCUGGAAUUAAAGGAAUCGUGAACCUACACUCGUCUACUGGUGGUCAUGUUAUCGCUAAGGUCAUUGAGAACGGCCAAGGAUUCGAUCUCCAACUGGGUCUACCAAUUGACAAACAAGAAAUCAUAACUGCAUCCAACGAACUUGUAUUCUUCUCAGCUGAAAAGGGACAGAUGGAAAAGCAGACGCCAAUCAAGUUUGACUCUGAUAAGAAGUCAUACUCUGAAUGCUUCGACCAAAUGUCUGGAAUUCUUGGUCUUACUCUUUGUGGAGAGUUCUCUGUACCUUUUACAUUCUCAGGACCUGAAGCCCAAGGUUCAAUUUCCAAAUUCUUGGCGAAAUACCCAGUAGUGGGCCCCGCCAAGAUUCGAGUAGCGCUUGAGAAGAACGACCUUCGCGGUUACCAUCUGAAGGGAGCCUUGAGGACAGACAAACAGACCGGCAAAUACGGCGUUGAACUGCUCUUUGACGCUGAAGGAUCUCAAAACCGACGCACUCAAUUUAACGGAGAUGUCAUAUACAACCCAGAGGAGAAGACUCUCAAACUAGCAUUAGAGUCGCCGAUCAAAACGUUACACGGACAAAUUUCGCUCUUCACCAAACCAACAGAACAAGCACUUCUUGUUGAUGCUAAAAUCGACUCUAUGGCCUAUUACGGUAAAGUUGGUUUUAACGCUCAAGGCAAUGACAGAAGGAAGGUCUGGAAACCAAUUCUUGAAUACGAAUUGCCAGACAAAGGUGGCAGACAGAACCUUAAGGUCGAUGGACAAUUGAUUCAGGAAUCCAAUGGACCAGCUGUGCGUUAUACUUUGGAAGGAAUCAAGGUUAACUUGCCAAACUCUAACGAGCCAGUAAACGUAGAGGGACACUUCAACUACGAACCUAAAGUCAUCGAGAUGGACCUGAAAGCAAAGAAGGGACAACACAACCUUCUCCUGAGCGGUUCCCUCAAGGGAUACGAUGUCAAACUCGAAUUCAUGAACACACUCAACCCAUACGUUAACUUCAAGGUCAACGGACACUUUGAAAAUGCCAAAGAUACAAUCCACAAUGACAUAGACUUCUACUAUGGUGGUGAUCUUCGCGACUCAAACCAACGCGUCACUUUCAACCAACUGCUGAAGUUUCCUGAUGCCGCUCACGUUAUCACCAAGAACAAACUUGAAAUCCACGCCUUACCAAUCAAGGGAAAAUUCGACCUGGAAUACGACCCUAAAAAGUUUGAUUUAGACGUUGAAGGAAAUUACAUGAACAGAGAGUUUGAUUUAGAAGUAGAUGCCCGUAGACACAUUAAAAAGGAAGGAGACUAUAGAGUCAAAUUAGGCCUGAAAUUAGACAAACAAGCCGUUGAAGUUCUCGUUAAGAGAGAUAUUGUUUCCGCCGACAAAUCUAAUUUGGAAAACUACAUUGAAAUUAAAAACAUGGCUAAAUACGAACUGUCCGGAGUUGUACUACACAGAAAUAAGGCUAACGAUUUGAACAUUGGAGCUAUUGGACACUUGAAACUCGCUGGUGGUGGUAUGAAGGAAGAUAUUAACUUCGACACCGGUAUCAUCGAGAACGAAAAUCUAUACUCCGCUCACGCUACCAUCUCGUUUGCUAAAGACAACGUGGCUCUCGACUUCCUCGCCAAGGUCAACCGUGGUGAGAACCCAACUGGUCAGCUGAAGCUGAUCCUCAAAGAUGCCAUCAGCGCUAAUGGACAAUUCCAAGUAACUGACAAUCAAGGCAAAGGAAACGGUGUGUUUAUCGUCGAAUUCAAAAAGGCACAAAGAAAAAUUAAAGCUGAUGUGAAAUUCGUUUCCAAAGCACCUGUAUACAACGCAGACGUUGAAUUGUUCCUUAACUUCGAGAAGGAUAACAACGAAAAACUACACUUCAGCACUACCAACAAGAGGAACGACAAGCUUAUUGAUUCCAAGAACAAGUUGGAAUACAACGGCAAAAAGACAGAAGUCAAUGUGCACCAAGAGGGAGGUCUGAUGGGAGAUGAUAAGGGCAACUUAAAUGUUGAGGUUGUGCUUCCAACAGAAAGGUGCCUGAACUUGAAGAUCGACCGUGAGCUUGCUGCUAAAGAUGGAGUAUACAACGGUCACGCAGAUAUCCUUCUGUCUGACGCAGCCAAGCGUGGAGGAGCUGCAUCCAUCAUCAGCUACAAGGGCAAACUAACCAACACUGACAUGGAAAAGACAUUCGACUAUGAAGGUGCAGUUGAGAUGCGCUUGCAAAAUGGCCGCGAUCUACAGAGCAACUUCUUCUACAAGAAACAUCCUAAUGGCGAUAAAUUCGACGUCAAAUUCAAGGGUGAUGUAUCAGGAAACCUAAUCCCCAAGCGCGCUCUGAUCGACGGUAGCUUCAGCUUCAAGGACAUCAGGUCCUUCGAAGACCCGUACCGCGUGAAGGCCAGCUAUGGUGACGAUCUCUCUGCUGAGGUGGUCGGCACUUACGUCGCACACUUCCCAGAGACCGGCGAAAAGAAAUACUUGGAUGACUUCACUGUCUCAGUCCGCUUGCCGUUCGAGAAGGCCCAUGACAUCAAGUUCGUGUCUACAUUACUAUACCUGAAGCCCGAAAACAAGGAUUCUGAAGUGACCUUAAUUGAAUCUCUACAAAUCAACGGAGACAUCUACAAGAUCGACGGCAGCAGUAAAUACAACACCAAGAAUGGAAACACCAAGCUGAAGCUCAUCGUUCCCCACUACGACCCUGUUGUGCUCGAUGUCAACUACAAGGCUGACAUAGAAGGUGACUCCAAAUCUGGCGAUAUGGAAUUCAAAGCACAAUACGGCAAGGGCAAAACUGCGUCCCUCAACAUCCAGGGAUCAUCAGCAGGCAGAGAUUACGAGCUGAAGGUCAACGCGAACGCCCCACAAAAUGAUAAGCUGAAGAAGCUGGUUCUCAAUUUGCACAACAAGAACCCAACACCUGACACCUACGACAGCGUAUUAUCAAUCGACGCUGACGGCCGCGUGUACCGCUCGGAGAGCUUACUGGUGUUGUCGCAGAUCAAGCCCGUCUUUGACUUCAAAUACUCAAGCCCUAGCUCUGAUAAGGUUGCGAGAGUCUACAUGAAGGGCUCCAACUUCGAGGCCAAGCACGGUGAGGUUGAACUCAAAUUCGUUAACUUCAACAAAUUCGACGUGGACGCUACCUUCGAAGUCGGUUUCCAGAAUGAUCUCUUCCUGAAAUUCCGCGGAAACUCGCAAUCGCUUGCUCUCAAGAACUACAAGUUGGAUAUCUCUAGCAAGGACGCUGGCAACGGCAAGAGAUUGGAAUUCAGCGCGAUUAAUGACAACAAGAAUGUAUUGAGUGGAAGUACCUCAUUAAUCAAGAAGGAGGAAGGUCUGAAGACAAUCAUUGAAGGAUCUGGAACCCUCAAGGUUAAAGACUCGCAGAAACCAGCUAACUUCAAGUUCAUCCGCACUUUGCUUACAGAGGGCAAUGAACAGGGCAUCGAGACAUUCAUCAACGUAGCUGUUGGCGAACUUAACCACGUUGCCGAAGCCCGCAUCACAAACUUGGAAUACAAGACCUCGUACGUGUACUGCGAAGAGAAGAAACAAUGCGCACACGCAGAAUUGAACUCCAAGAUCGCUAUGACCCAAGCCGGCGUGAUCCAACACCUCUUCAACGUCGGUUUCGACUUGCGUAAGCUCGGCGUCUCCACGGAAUUCGGGCUUGAGAUCAGCAACGAGUUCUCCGACAAGAAGUUCCCGCAGUACUUGCUCAACUUGCACGUCAACAGGGAGUCUGAUAAGAUGCACUUGAAUGCCUACAGCAAACCUGAGUUUGGCAAAUUCCCAGCUGGUUUCACGAUGACGCUGCCCAAACGCGUUUUCGCUGUAGAGACCCUUGUCCAAUACCCGACCGACAAAUCCCUGCCAUUCCCCAUCCGUGGUGAAAUGAGCCUGUACCCCGACAAGAACAGGCCGGAGACCAAGACUGGCGCCAGAUUCCUGGUCGACCUGAACGUUAAUGACCAAGGAGGUGACGCGUUGGCUGAAGUUGGCUUCGUCCACCCUAAGAUUCGCAAGGAGGCUCUCGUCCGCGUCCGCGGAGCGGUGCAGCGUCCAUCUGAAAACUCCGUCAAAGUGUCCAGUGUGGCUCUUGUCUCCCACCCUGUACUUGGCAACGACCGUAAAGCUGAAUUCAACAUGGAAGCCAGCCCUGUUCACGUUAAAAUUGUGUUCGACACACCAGUAGUAAAGGUCAUUGACCUGGAAGGAUCAGCUACAAUGAAGGAGAACUUGCAGCAAGCUGACCUUCGUUUCAGCUUACUGCAGCUCAAACCUGUGCAGUUAUAUGGUAUUGUUAAGGACUACCAAUACUAUGAAUUCAGCACUGGAUACAGUGAUGAGAAGGAACGCAAGCUGUCCAUCAUCGGUCACCUGAACCCAGAGGAACGUGUGGACGUCUCCGUUGACAUCGUUUUACCUGGACAGAAGAACAACAUCGUCCACGCCGCUCUGUUCAUGAAGGAUAACCAGGUCAACUCCGACUAUGGCAUCUCGAAGGACAAUUACAAUCACUUUGUGACCGCGUUCAAAAAGGACUUGGACACACUCAUUGCCAAGGUAAAGGAAAUUAGCGAGAAGAACAGCAACGACUUCAAGCAAAUGCUCAAGCGAGUGGAACCCAAGGCUAAGGAACUGGAACAGGCUUAUCGCGAAGACUUCCAGAAACUGAUGCAGGAAAUCACCAACGACAAGACUUUGAAAGAGCUCUCAGAGGCUGCGCACGAUCUCGUCCAAAUUAUCGCUAAGAUGAUCGAUGAAGUUAUAACGGUGACCAAACCACUGAUUGACAAGUACAUUGAAGUUGUGACAGACCUCAGCAAGAAGGUCUACGAAAUGUACGAGAAACAGAUCGAACCCCAACUAAAGGAACUGUGCGACAACCUCACAGCAGCAUUCAGACAAUACAUGGAUGGUAUCAUCGACGCCGCAGCUCAUGUGGCCGCUAUCUUUAUCGACUUCUUCGAGAAACACAAGCCUGAGUUCGAUGAAUUCAUCGGCACGAUUACCAACAUGUUCAAGGACGUCGUUCGUAUCAUCUUAUCUCAAAUGAAAGAAUUCCGUACUCGUUCAUCAGCACUGUUUGCAGAAAUCUCACAACAAAUCAAGGAAAUGCCAGUCAUCUCUAUGAUCAAGGAGAAGUGGCAAGAAUUAGCCGUCCCAGAACAAGUCCUGGCCAUUUUACAAGAAGGUCAACAAUCGAUCCGAGGCUUCCUCCCAACUGAAGAACUACAGAGCUUCUCUGACGUUCUCUUCAACUACAUUCAGAAGAAACUGCGUCAAGAAAAGAUUGACGAGAAGGCAGAACUUAAGGUUGUUUAUGAGAAAUUGGUGGCAGCUGCCACAUCUCUCGUGCAAUUCGUCAAGAAGAACCUGAACGAACUUGGAUUUAACUCUAUCCCUGCUCUUGUUAUGCCAUCCCUAUCUGGCCCACAAUCAUUCGCAGCGCCCUACUUCGGCGGCUCCGCUGGAAUGAGCUUCAUCUCUCAACUCAUUCAAGGAGACAUCCCCAACCCACUUAGCUUGAUCAGGGCUUACAGACCACGUAGUCUCAACCCAUUGGAUGAAGUACCAGCUAAGAUGCGUGCGGUAAUCGUGAACGGUCAGCACAUCUUCACAUUCGACGGUCGCCACCUCACCUUCCCGGGCACGUGCCGCUACGUGCUCGCGCACGAUCAUGUUGACAGGAACUUCACGCUGAUGAUGCAGCUGCAGAACGGCAACCCCAAGUCGCUGAUCAUGGAGGACAGGAGUGGAGCUAUUAUUGAGCUGAAGGAGAAUGGACAGGCAUCUAUCAACGGAGCCAAUCACGGCUACCCUAUCAUCGAAAAGGAAUCGUUCGCGUUCAGACAACCCAACGGACGCAUCGGUCUUGGCUCACUGUACGGUGUUAUGGCUUACUGUACUAGCAAACUUGAGGUGUGUUACAUCGAAGUUUCUGGUUUCUACCUCGGCAAACUGCGCGGUCUUCUUGGAGACGGCAACAACGAACCUUACGACGAUUUCAGACUACCCAACGGAAAGAUCUCUCAAUCAGAAAGCGAGUUCGGUAACGCGUACCGCCUGGCCGGCAGUUGCCCGCAAGUGAAAGCUCCAGAACAUUCGCACCACCAGAUGCACGCGGCACUGCCACCUGCAUGUGAAGCUGUGUUUGGAGGCACUUCACCCCUCAGACCAUUGUCUUUGGUCCUUGAUAUUGCACCUUUCAGACAAGCGUGCAUCCACGCAUGCAGCGGUGACGGCGAAGAUGCGAUCCACCAAGCGUGCGACCUCGCGCGCGGCUACGCGGCGCUGGCUCUGACCGGCCUGCUGCCCGCCGUGCUGCCCGCGCGCUGCGUGCGCUGUGUUGACGGCGACAAGCCACGGGAAGUUGGAGAGGUGUAUGAAUUCAAACUGCCAGCGAAACAGGCUGAUGUUAUUGUGUCUGUUGAGGUUACUAAGGCCAACGAACAAAACUACAAGGAACUAAUCGUGCCCCUUGUGUCGCAAGUGAUUGACGGACUCAAGAGCAAGCGCAUCUCUGACAUCAAGGUGUACCUCGUCGGUCUUACCUCUAAAUACCCGUACCCGAUCUUGUAUGAUACUGACUUGAAACUGAAGAAUGCCAAGGUGAUAUUUGACGACGAGAGCCGCUACAACACCUGCGAGCGUGUGAAGACUGGCAUCCCCAGUGUUGACAAGGUUGAAGACAUCAUCAUGGACAUCAUUGAAUACAUCAAGGUUAAUGUUGGCGCCACAAACAUCAUGGCCGGCUACGCCUCCAUCACGGACCUACCGCUCCGACCUGGCGCUGUGAAGCAUCUCAUCAGCUCUGUUGGAACCACCUGCGAACCCCAGUUCUUCUUGGUUGAAGCCCUACGCACCGUGUCUUACGACAUCUGGAUGGAAAACAACGCAUACAGUGUGUCUGUCAUCACUGAGACAUCAAAGCUUGCGCCGAUCGGUGGCAAGCCUGUUGUUGGAUUCUCCGAAAAUGCCGUAUUAGUGUUGGGAGACAAGAAACAGAAGGACACAGAAGCGCUCAGAUCUAAAAUGGACAUUGGCGUCAAUGAUGGUUGCAUCAACAUGGCUCAGGAUACCGACGGUUUCGUGUUCUCCACGACCACCUACCACGAGCUGAACCCAGGACAGCGCAAGCAGUACCUCCAGACGGCAGCUGCGUCCAUCACCAGCCGCAUGCUGCAGUACAACUCCGUGCAGACCUGCACCUGCACUUACGUGGACCCCUUCAGGGUGCGCUCUGUGUGCGUGGCCACUGAGAGGAAGGAUGCGGCUCGCAAGAGGAAGUGAAUGUAAAGACACGAUCCGCCAUUAAAGAAAAUACAUCUAGUUCUACGUAACCGGGCUUCGAUGUGACAUACAUACAAAAAAAUAUCAUUAAGUCGAUUCUUCAUACAGUUAUAUAACGUUGAGGUCCGUUACAUUAUUUAUACCAAAGCAGAGUUUCAUAAGUGUUAAUAAUCAUUUGUAUUAAAAUAAAAAAAUAUUAUUUA